AACAUUCACCAUUCCAAUAUAUAAAUUCCUCAGUCAACAAAACAUCACUCGAUCCAUUCCAAUUCCAACAACCUACGUAUUGUCGUAUUCUCUCACCAUCUCAACAACAAAAACCUCAAAACUAUCGACCUCGUACAUACAUUUUGAUUCUAAUUACGUAUCAAUGGCGAUCUCAAACCUCCAUAUCAUCCUACAUUCAUUCCUUUUCGCCCUCAUUCUCACUCAAAUUACAGCUCAUGUCACCGGUGAUGGAGUAUCACCUGGAUCGGGUGAAUCCGAAUCGUUUCCGACAGAAUUCGAUAAGCUCAGUGCAAAGAUCCAAUCACUAGAAUCACUUGUUGAUAAGAAGAGUGAAGAAUCAAGAACCAAAGAUGAGAUCAUUACUGAAAAAGAGAAGGAAGUUGUAGAGAAAGAGAAAACGAUUAAAGAGAAAUCAGAUAGCAUGGAUUCGUUGCAAAAUGAGGUAGCUUCUCUUAAGGUUAAAGGGUCAACAGAUACUGAUGAGGCGGUUGAAAAGGCUCAUACAAGGUCCCAGGAGUUAGAGAAGCAGGUGGAGAAACUGGAGCUUGAUUUGGAGCUAAAGGCCGGUUUAAUGCAGGACUUGGAAACUCGAUCGAAAGAACUGGAGAAGAACUUGCUUGAAAUGAAUCCAAAGCUUCAGAAUCUUCAACAGACUAUUGAAGAACAGAAGACAAAACUUCAAAAAACCGAGCGCGCUCUUAAAUACGCUGAGGAGGAACUUACGAAGACUAAGAAUGAAGCCACACAGAAAAUUGGAGAAUUAACAGAGGUUCAUUCUGCAUGGCUACCAGUUUGGCUUGUAGCUUAUUUGUCGUCGACUAAGUCUUAUGUGGUGGCUCGUUGGAACGAGCAUGCAAAACCUGUUUUUGAUACGUUCACAAAGAAGGCUGAAACGUUGGCUGAACCUCAUGUUGACACAGCCAAAAGCAAAUGGAUCCCUGCUGCAAAGGAACAAUGGGUGAUUGUGAAAACUAACGUUGAGACACGUGUGCAACUACUGACCAAAAAGACCAAAGAGGUCUAUGCUCGAUCAACGGAGGCUCUAACUCCUCAUGUGACUAAAGUAAAAGAAAUUGUAAACCCUCAUUUUCAGGUUGCAAAGAAGUUUUGUGAGCCAUACAUUGAUCAGGUUGCUGUUGCAACAAAACCUCACCUUGAUAAAGCACGUGACACUGUGAAGCCUUAUACUAAUAAGGUAGUUCAAGUGUAUAGCAAGUUUCUAGAAUCUGCAUCUAAAUACCAUCAACAGGUUCAAGGAACCGUUGGAGAAUCACUGAAAAAGCAUGUAAUUACAAGAACUCUUGCAACCAAGGAGUUUGUAUGGUUUAUAGCCUCUGCGGUGUUGGCACUACCUAUCUUCAUUUUGUUCAAAGCUUUAUCAGCCAUCUUUAUUGGGACCGCUAAGAAGUCCACUAAAACUAGCAAGCCAAGCCAUACACGUCGUAAGGCUAAACGAGCACAUUGAGACAAGUAGUGAAGCACGAAGCCCAUAUACUCAUUUUACAUUAACUUUAGAUCGGCGUUCUCUGCAGCUUUUAUGAAGCUUCAUGGAUAUUUUCUGGCACCCGUUGUUUGCUGAUGUCUUCUAUGUUUUCUUCACGUAGAAAAAGAGUGACAAAUGGUGUUUUUGAGAAAAAGGUUAUUAAGGACAUGUGUGUAUCAUGUUCUUUUAUUUUAAUGUAGUUCAUUAUUAUGGUUCAGAAUAGAAUAUGAAGAAGAAUAUACCAUUAGCGGGUUGGGAUCUUCUUACCUGUUAAUUUUUUCGUCUUUUUGAAAUAUCCACCACAAGGCUCCGGUUACUACACUAAUUUCUCUGAAUUUAUCCGGCAUUCCAUAAAGUUUGGAGUUCUAUUAGAACUCUAUAUCUGAUUAGUUGUAAACUUAUUUCAAACCUUUUUCGAAA